GGCUCUGGCUCCUCGGACACAGCUCAAAGACGUAGCUAGGAGACAUUUGUGUGCGUCUCAGGGAAAGAGAGAGAGUGAGAGAGAGAGAGAGAGAGAGAGAGAGAGAGAGAGAGAGAGAGAGAGAGAGAGAGAGAGAGAGAGAGACGGAGAGAGAGAGAGAGAGAGAGAGAGAGAGAUAGAACUCGAGGGAGGGAUAGAGCUGGCUAAAUGACUGUAGACCUCUCUAGCUGAUCCGGGAGGUGGUUUUGCUACUUAGCCCGUCAUGUGAUUGGCUUGUAAUCCUUCGGUUUUUCUUAUUAUUUUUUGUUGUUGUUUAACUUGAUUUUCAGAAGCAGUCUACCUACCAGCGCAGAGAAGGCAAGUAAGAAUAGGACUUGUAAUCAAAUACCGGUGCGUUUUUUUAGUAGGGUAGGCUGGGCGCUUCUGCAGGGUGGUGGACCCGAACACAAGCUUCCUGUGGAGACUCACUACCAUCUAGCAGAGACGACAGCGGGAACACCUUUAAUACUUGUUUGGAAACGUCCAGAGAAGGAGUUCUCUCUCUUCACCUGGGUCGUUGCCGCUGGUUCUUCUUUUCAGUCCUUCUACAAAGAAGAGGAUUUCAAGGAAUAUAAUAUAUGCCACAGAUUAAAAGGUCUCAAAUGCUCGGUUAACAAUGGGAUCUACGAACCACUGAAGAGCCUCUGACAAAGGAACAAGGGAAACAAGAGGAGAGGAGAGGAGAAAAGGAGAGAGAGAAAUCAAAGGAGAGGGGACUCUGAGAGAGAGAGAGAGAGAGAGAGAGAGAGAGAGAGAGAGAGAGAGAGAGAGAGAGAGAGAGAGAGAGAGAGAGAGAGAGAGAGAGAGAGAGAGAGAGAGAGAGAGAGAGAGAGAGAGAGAGAGAGAGAGAGAGAGAGAGAGAGAGAGAGAGAGAGAGAGAGAGAGAGAGAGAGAGAAGGAGCUCCUUUAGCUCCUAUUGAAAAGAAAAGCGGAGGUUGGGUAGGAUCAGCUUUGUGUCUGUCGGUGUGUGGUUGGGUUGCAUGCUGUCCUCUCCAGGGGACAUCCUCCUUUGUGUGAGAGAUAGUUAACAAAAGACAAAGAAUGCCCAAUAAACAGAGAGGAGAGUGUCGAGCGGCGGAGGAGGCUAGAGCGUGGAUGCCUGGUCUGGGGAGCUUAGCUGUGGGUUGCAGGUCUAGUGUGUUGCUGCUACUGGCUCUCAUGGUAUCUCUGGCUCAAGGGGCCUGGCCACUGGAUCAAUCCCAGGGACAGGUGGAGGUGCUGGGGGACAUGAUGGUGGACGGACCCGGGGAGCUGGAGGCCUCCAUGCACUCCUCCAUACUGUCAGACUUCCAGGCGGUGGAGGCUUUGAAUCCGGUGGCGGAUGCAGUUCAGCAUUCUGCAGUAGGAGCAAGGGGAGUGUCAGGAUUCCCUGACUCGUCUGCUGUGGUUGGCCGGGUGUUUCAGAUGAAGGUUCCGGUGAAGACGGACCAUACCAGGAACAUGGUGAAGAUAACUGAGUCAGGCAAGGAGACGUUACCAACAUGGCUGCACUGGGACUGGGAGAGAAACGUCCUACAGGGUCUACCACUGGGUGAGGACAAGGGUGUCCACUAUAUCUCCGUCUCCGCAUCCAAUGGCAGCCAGGAUAUCUUCUCCAUCGAGGUGCACCCAGAGGAACACGCUGACACUGACCCGAUCCAGGUAGCCAUCCAGUCGGCGUCCAACAACUCCAACAACGAGGUAGAGCCAUUCGUCUGUGGCAACGAGGAGCCGGUGACGGUGCUCACAGUGAUUCUGGAUGCCGACCUGACCAAGAUGAGCUCCAGACAGAGGGUGGAGCUGCUGGGCAAGAUGAAGAAGUUCUCUGGCGUGGCGCUGCAGCACAUGAAGAUACUUCCCGUGGUCAACAACAGAUUGUUCGAUAUGUCCGCCUUCAUGGCCGGACCAGGAAAUGCCAAAAAGGUGGUUGAGAACGGAGCCCUGUUAUCCUGGAAGCUGGGCUGUUCCCUGGACCAGAGUAACGUCCCUAAUAUUGGUAGCGUCCAGGCGCCGGCUAAAGCAGGCACUAUGUCGGCUCAGUUGGGAUAUCCGGUCGUCGGUUGGCACAUCGCCAACAAGAAGCCUCAUAUCCCCAAACGGGUGAGGCGCCAGCUCAACAAUACCCCUACUCCUGUUCUAGCUCUGCUUCCCCCAACAUCUGUCGUCGAGCCCCCCGUUCGCAUUGUUCCCACCCUAUCGUCACCUGCCAUUGCUGCCCCCACAGACAGCUCUGCCCCACCCAUGAGAGGGCCUGUGCCCUUGCCCAUGAAGCCCACGAUCCGUGUCAGAGACUCUUAUUCCCACACUCCCACUCAGGGUGCACCCCUGCCAACCAGAGUGAUGGAGUCCACUAGUACCAUCUCCAUUGAACCCACCAUGACCAGGCAUACUGUUGUGGAAUCCACGCCGACACUCCCUCCACCCACCACAGUCGCCACCAGAAAGCCAACCAAGAAACCAAAGAGACCGAAGACCACUCCGAUGCCAAGGGAGCCCAAGACCACCACAGCCAAACCAGCCAGGCGCACUACCCCGUCGUCCAUCGUGCCUGACCCAAGAAACGAGAAACCAGAUCUCCGCAACCCCAUCGAUCAGGUCAAUGCCUUCGUGGGCACAUAUUUUGAAGUGAAAAUCCCAUCCGAUACUUUCUUUGACAAGGAGGACGGUACGACAGACAAGUUGAGGUUGACAUUGAGGAUGAACCACAACGAAGUGGUCGGAGAUGAUUCCUGGAUACAGUUUAAUAGCACAAGUCAGCUGCUGUAUGGUCUACCUGACUCGAACCACAUCGGGAAGCACGAGUACUUCAUGCAGGCCACCGAUAAGGGCGGUCUGAAUGCAAUCGAUGCCUUUGAGGUCCGUGUGAACCGCUGGGCUCCCAACGAUAAGUCUCCGGUCUUGUUCCAGGCUCGCUUCCACGGGGAACCUCACCAGGUGACCAACGACAUCCACAAGAAGAUUUUGCUCAUCAAGAAACUGGCGUACUCGUUCGGGGACCGCAACAGCAGCACGGUCACCCUGAGAAACAUCACCAAGGGAUCCAUAAUGGUGGAGUGGACCAACAACAGCCUCCAGCAGAACCCCUGUCCCAAGGAGAAGAUCCAGACCAUGUCCAGGAGGAUCUCUAACGCCCAGGGAAGGCCCUCCCAGACAUUCAUCUCCACCAUGGAGCCUGAAUUCAAACCCAUCGACAUCAAGGUCAAAGGGACAGCCGCCUGCCGGAACUACAUGUUCGUGCCGCCGAGUGAAAUCACCAUUCCUUUACCCCCGGCCGUCACCCCGGCGCUCGGCGCCGGACGCCAGAGCACGGACGACGUCUACCUUCACACGGUCAUCCCUGCGGUAGUGGUGGCGGCCAUCUUGCUGAUCGCCGGCAUCAUCGCCAUGAUCUGCUACCGUAAAAAGCGCAAAGGAAAGCUGACCAUCGAGGACCAGGCUACCUUCAUCAAGAAGGGGGUACCCAUCAUCUUCGCAGACGAGCUUGACGACUCCAAACCCCCUCCGUCCUCCUCCAUGCCGCUCAUCCUGCAGGAGGAGAAACCCCCACUGCCCCCGCCUGAGUACCCCAACAUGACCAGUCCAGAGACCACCCCCCUGAACCAGGACCUUCUGGGGGAGUACACGGCUCUGAGGGAUGAGGAUCCCAAUGCCCCUCCCUACCAGCCUCCACCCCCUUUCACUGUCCCCAUGGAAGGUAAAGGCUCUCGUCCAAAGAACAUGACCCCCUACAGAUCCCCACCACCUUACGUGCCACCCUAAGGUUAGCUGGCUCCUCCAGAGGAGGAGAGGGGCAGCAGGGGGGACUUGUAACCGUCUCACACCAGUGUUGUCUGUUUGGAAAUAAGGGGUGGGAGGAGGUGGGUAGAGGCUCUGCAAAGUGGCAAUGAACUUCGGACAUUUUGGGUUGGGAGGGUUUUGGGCUGAUCUGAUCAAGGCUGAGUUAAAGUUGAACGAUGGGAGGGAGGGAGAACUAGGUGGUAGCCUCGGCAACAAUAGCCACAACAAUGACACUAUUCAGUCUCUCGUCAUCUCAUUGGUUACAGCUGAACAGCUGAGAAGACACGCCCCUCCUGUCCCAGCAGCUUUUUUCUCCAUUUGAAACUAAAUGGCCUUUUGUUUUAUUUUGUGUCUUUUGGUUCUGGUUUUCUUCAGUUUUUGACUUGACUGUAAGAUCAAACUACUUGCCUUUUUUUUAAUCUUCUUUUAUCUUGAAUAAUACAAGAGGACAAUAAACAAACACACUGCAGGCAAAAGGGUUUUUAAUGAUGAGAUAGAGAGUUCUGUGAAUGAAAACAAACACAACAUAAUCAUGUUGAUCUGGGACAGCCAACCCUGCAGACAGUUAAACACAGUGGUUGAUUGAUGUGGCGGCGGCUGUUUGGAUUCAAUAAGGUUUGCCUUUUAACACAAAUUGUAUGUUUUUACCCUUAUUCACACAAUGUCUAGUCAAGAUGAGCAUAACAAGGGUAGCCUAAAAGAAUAAUUAGAAAUUAGUAUAAAAACAUUUUUUUUUUUUUACUUUAUAUUUUUAAGGUUAGAUUAGAUUAGAUAGGAUUGUUUUGGUGGUGGAGCAGAUCUCCUGACUGAAAUAGCCUGCAGGAUCUCUUUUUCCCCCAAUCAGAAAGGAACGGUACACCUAGUAGGUAGGCCUAGUCAGGGUUAGUGAACGUUAACAUGGAAGGCAAUGACAACCAGAUGGUUACCCUGGCCUGGUUAUUACCAGAUGGUUACCCUGGCCUGGUUAUUACCAGAUGGUUACCCUGGCCUGGUUAUUAUCAGAUGGUUACCCUGGCCUGGUUAUUACCAGAUGGUUACCCUGGCCUGGUUAUUACCAGAUGGUUACCCUGGCCUGGUUAUUAUCAGAUGGUUACCCUGGCCUGGUUAUUACCAGAUGGUUACCCUGGCCUGGUUAUUACCAGAUGGUUACCCUGGCCUGGUUAUUACCAGAUGGGUACCCUGGCCUGGUUAUUACCAGAUGGGUACCCUGGCCUGGUUAUGAUCAGAUUUCUUGUUUUUACUUUGCCUGAGUUUCCCAAAGCCACCCAAAAUCAUUCAAGAGAGAAAUAUAACACAAUUACAAUGCCCCUUUUCACUAUUUUUGUUUAAAGUGGGUUAAAAUGAGUAUCGUGAUCCGAAUAUGAUCAUAACAUUGACCAUUUGAAUGCCAUUUUGCCUUUAUGGUGAUGCGACAAGUGUCUUCUGUAAAUAACGAUGGAUCGGCCUGUGUUUAUUUUUUGUCCCCUAAAAAAACCAACGUUUUGUGUAAAUCAGAUAUGGAAAAAGCCUCCUGCAGUUUAUUUUAGACGAGGGGUCAUUUAUUUUUUUAUGUAGUAAUGAUGCUCUUGUUUUCACAGUUUAUGCGGUAAAAACAGUUUUUAGGGCCGUUGAGAAUGUCCUGAAUGGGACACAACAUGUAUUCACAACUCAAAGGUCAUUGUUGAGAGUUAGAGAGAGAGAAAGAAAUAAAUGGGAAUAUCCCAAUAACAAGAAAAAAAUGGUUGAUUUAAAAUCUCUAUCUAAUUUUUUUACAACGUUUUUUGAUACAGCAUCAAAUUGUAAAAACAAAAAAUAUAAAAUACAUGAAUAGUGUACUGCAAUUUGUAAAAUCUUAGAGUAGAGAAUUGAUUCCUUAUUAUAUACCUUUUCUCAUUGGUCACCUAUUUCAAAUUAUUUUUUUAUUUUUUUAUUUAGCCAUAUUGUCGAAUUGAAAUGUACCUCCUGUUAUACAGUCGGAAUGACCCAUUUUAUGUCAUCACACAUUUUAUUUAAUGUUCAGAUUCUUCACUAACGACUUUGAAAGUGACCCUUUGCAAUAAUGUAAGGUGGUGGUGGUGGUGGUGAGUGGUCAAUGCAGGUUAGAUGAGUGAUGAUGUACUACACGCAUAAUGAUGAUGUGCACGCAUAAUGAUGAUGUGCACGCAUAAUGAUGUUGAUGAUGUACACGCAUAAUGAUGAUGAUGAUGUACACGCAUAAUUUUGAUGAUGAUGAUGUGCACGCAUAAUCAGUGAUGAUGUACACGCAUAAUGAUGAUGAUGAUGAUGUACACGCAUAAUGAUGAUGAUGUACCUACAUAGUUUGUUUUCGCCCAGAUACAAAGUGUUGCAUUUUUGAGUGUCCAUUUAUUAUGGAAGCCGACCUCUGUCUCUAUAUCCAGAUAAUUCUCCCUUCUUCACACGUUUGAAAUUCUAAUCCAACAAGCUCCCAUAGUAUUGGAAUGAAUGAAUCAUCAGUAUAUAUAUAUAUAUAACAGAGUGGACUAUGGUGGUAUAUCUCGCUUGGUAUGUUGCCAUACAUUAUAAUAUAGAGAUUUAUUUUGUAUUGAUGAGCUUCGGUUAUAAUUGGUUUUCUAAUGCUUCCCCAUAUAGAUGAGUCAGUAUGUGUACGUCCGUAGAGGUUUCAUUAAGGAGUGUAUCCCAUCUCUCUAAUCUGUCAGCCAUUUUGAGACUCCCCAAUUCCUGGCACAAUAACCGGCUCGUAAUUCUUUCUCCUUGAACUAAAAC